CUCAUGCGAAGGCCACCCGUUUUCCCCGUAGCCGCUUGCCCUGUUCGCCUUGUCCGAGGAGGAGGAACUCUCCCUUCUCCCUCCUCUCCCAGUCUCCCUCGGCGGGCCGUCGCCGUCGUAGCCGCAGCGGCCCCCUCUCUUCAUGCCAUCCUAAUCAGCGACAGCGCCGCCACGUGCCUGCGAAGCAGGGCAUAAACUUUGGUGUAUGAUGCCAAGCAUGGAUGAACCCCUUCUUGGCGAUGGUGUUCAGAAGACUGGAGGGGUGGGAGAGAACCUGGUGCAGCCUGAGGUCAGAAAGCAGCUAUACCUUGCUGGGCCACUCAUCGCCGCAUGGAUCCUGCAGAACAUCGUCCAGAUGAUUUCUGUCAUGUUUGUUGGUCACCUUGGUGAGCUUGCCCUCUCCAGUGCCUCCAUUGCCACCUCUUUUGCAGGCGUUACUGGCUUCAGCUUAUUGUCUGGCAUGGCAAGCAGCUUGGACACACUAUGUGGGCAAGCCUUCGGGGCAAAGCAGUACUAUCUUCUCGGCAUCUACAAGCAGAGGGCCAUCCUUGUGCUCACUCUGGUGAGCCUUGUGUUUGCUGUUAUCUGGUCGUACACUGGCCAGAUCCUUCUACUAUUUGGUCAGGACCCAGAGAUUGCAGCUGGGGCAGGAAGCUACAUCCGGUGGAUGAUUCCAGCGCUGUUCGUGUAUGGGCCACUGCAGUGUCAUGUCCGGUUCCUGCAGACGCAGAACAUAGUCCUACCGGUGAUGCUGAGCUCUGGCGUCACGGCGCUGAACCAUCUUCUAGUGUGCUGGCUCCUGGUGUACAAGAUUGGUAUGGGCAACAAGGGUGCUGCCUUGGCCAAUGCCAUCUCGUACCUGAUUAACGUGUCAAUCCUGUCAAUUUACGUUAGGCUUGCACCAGCCUGUGAGAACACUAGGAGAGGGUUUUCAAAGGAGGCUUUUCACGGCAUCCCCACGUUCUUGAGGCUUGCUGUUCCAUCUGCACUGAUGGUUUGCUUGGAGUGGUGGUCAUUUGAGCUCCUGGUACUUCUUUCUGGACUUCUCCCAAAUCCGAAGCUCGAGACAUCGGUUUUGUCCAUUUCUUUAAACACAGGCUCUUUAGCAUUUAUGAUCCCUUUUGGGCUUAGUGCAGCCAUAAGCACUCGUGUUUCAAAUGAGCUUGGUGCUGGACGACCUCAAGCUGCCCGUCUGGCUACCCGUGUUGUCAUGGUGCUGGCUAUCGUGGUCGGCAUAUUGAUUGGACUAGUUAUGAUUUUGGUUCGCAAUUUAUGGGGAUAUGCUUACAGUAACGAGGAGGAAGUGGUGAAAUACAUCUCCAAAAUGAUGCCGAUCCUGGCUGUAUCAUUCUUGUUUGAUUGCGUGCAGUGUGUUCUCUCAGGUGUUGCUAGGGGCUGUGGGUGGCAAAAGAUUGGUGCUUGUGUAAAUCUUGGUGCAUAUUACCUGGUCGGAAUCCCAGCUGCCUUCUGUUUCGCGUUUCUUUUUCAUCUAGGUGGAAUGGGGCUUUGGCUGGGAAUAAUCUGCGCACUCGUCGUACAGAUGCUAUUGCUUCUCACAAUUACUUUAUGCAGCAACUGGGAAAAAGAAGCUUUGAAGGCAACGGACAGAAUUUUCAGUUCAUCCCUACCGGUAGACAUGACGACAUGAUAUGCUCAAGAGACACAAUUUUGUUGGAGGCAAUGGCCAAGAAGAAACAUUAAGAAGGAUCUAAUGAAGAAUCGGCAGCAGAGUCCGGACUUUUCUCCACGCAAUCAGAGUAUGACACAGAAAGUACCUGGGCAAUCUGUUUUGGUCAUUCUUUUUACUGGAUACAGGGAACACAAGAUUCUGUUGAGGCUAGGUAACUAAAUGUUUUUUUAUUUACUAGAAACAGCUUCGUAAUCUCAUGAAAGUGUAUUUUUAUUCUCUUUGUUUUUGAGUAAUAUGAUUGAGACAAGAGAAGGAAAUGUUCUAUUUGACUACAAUCAGCAGUAUUGUCCAUUUGAGUGAUAGAUCUAA